AGUAAAUAAACAAAUACAGAUUAAUGCCUUGGAUUUGCCAAUGGCUCUGUGCAAGUUUAUACAAUAGAUAACUCCACGGGAGCCAUGCAGUUGUCUCAUAAGUUGGAGCUGACACCAAAACAAUAUCCUGAUAUUUGGAACAAAACAGGACCUGUAAAACUGAUGAGGUGGUCUCCUGAUAACUGUGUUGUUAUGGUUACCUGGGAAUGUGGAGGCUUGUCCUUAUGGAGUGUUUUUGGUGCCCAGCUUAUCUGUACUUUGGGAGGAGAUUUUGCUUAUCGGUCUGAUGGUACCAAAAAAGAUCCUCUAAAAAUCAGCUCUAUGAGCUGGGGUUCAGAAGGCUAUCACCUCUGGGUGAUCGAUGGGAAUUGUUCUCUGAAUGCAGGGUGUGAUAUAGAUACCAAGAACGAAGCUCAUCAACUUGGUAUUCUGCAAUUUCAGUUCAUCAAGAGUGCGCUCACUGCUAACACUUGCAUGAGUAACCAGGAGCAGGUCCUCCUGCAAGGAGAAGAUCGCUUGUAUUUGAACUGUGGGGAUGCAACACAGGCCCAGAAUCCCAGAAGUGCUUCAGCACACUCUGAUCAUAAGCCCAUCAGGGAAGGGGGCCCAUUUUUGGAGGGCAGUUUAGAUUCUCAGGGUUUAAGCACUUUAUUAGGACACAGGCAUUGGCAUGUUGUACAGAUUCACAGUACAUAUCUAGAGACCAACUGGCCUAUAAGGUUUUCAGCCAUUGACAAACUGGGGCAGAAUGUAGCUGUUGUUGGCAAGUUUGGUUUUGCACAUUAUUCUUUACUCACCAAAAAAUGGAAGUUGUUUGGGAACAUUACCCAGGAGCAAAAUAUGAUCGUAACAGGUGGCAUAGCCUGGUGGAAUGAUUUCAUUGUUCUUGCAUGUUAUAAUUUAAGUGACCGCCAAGAAGAGCUAAGAAUCUACCUGCGAACAUCCAAUCUGGACAAUGCAUUUGCACAUGUCACCAAAGUGCAGGCAGAAACAUUACUACUCAGUGUCUUCCGGGAUAUAGUAAUAUUGUUUAGAGCAGAUUGUUCUGUAUGCCUUUAUAGUAUUGAAAGACAACCUGAUGGUCCUAACCCUACUGCCAGUAUUCAAGUUCUUCAAGAGGUAUCCAUGUCUCGUUAUAUUCCUCAUCCUUUCCUUGUUAUUUCUGUAACUCUGACAUCGGUGAGAACAGAGACUGGCAUCAGCUUGAAAAUGCCACAGCAGGCCUGUGAGGCAGAAAGCAUUAUGUUAAACUUAGCAGGACAACUCAUCAUGGUACAAAGGGAUCGGUCUGGCCCCCAGAUACGAGAGAAGGACAGCAGUCCUAACCAAAGGAAACUUCUGCCUUUUUGUGCUCCAGUUGUGCUAGCCCAGUCGGUUGAAAAUGUUUGGACUACUUGCAGGGCAAACAAACAAAAGCGCCACUUACUGGAGGCACUCUGGCUCAGCUGUGGUGGGUCAGGUAUGAAAGUCUGGCUUCCUUUGUUUCCCAGGGAUCACCGCAAACCACAUUCCUUUUUGUCAAGACGGAUCAUGCUGCCUUUCCACAUCAACAUAUACCCCUUGGCUGUUCUGUUUGAAGAUGCCUUGGUUCUUGGUGCUGUCAAUGACACUGUACUCUACGACAGUUUAUACACUCACAGCAGUGCUAGACAACAUUUGGAGGUCCUUUUUCCUUUCUGUAUUGUUGAGAGAACCUCUCAGAUCUACCUCCAUCACAUUUUGCGCCAGCUUUUGGUGAGGAACCUAGGAGAACAAGCCUUGCUUUUGGCCCACUCCUGUGCCACAUUACCUUACUUUCCUCAUGUGCUAGAACUGAUGCUUCAUGAAGUGCUGGAAGAAGAAGCUACCUCGCGGGAGCCCAUUCCCGACCCUCUGCUUCCCACUGUGGCUAAGUUCAUUACAGAGUUCCCCCUUUUCCUGCAGACAGUUGUUCAUUGCGCUAGGAAGACGGAAUAUGCCCUGUGGAAUUACCUGUUUGCUGCUGUUGGAAACCCAAAAGACUUAUUUGAGGAGUGCUUAAUGGCCCAGGACUUAGACACAGCUGCCUCUUACCUUAUUAUCCUACAGAACAUGGAGGUUCCAGCAGUUAGUAGGCAGCAUGCCACUCUUCUGUUCAACACGGCCCUGGAGCAGGGGAAGUGGGACCUUUGUCGUCACAUGAUCAGAUUUCUUAAAGCCAUUGGUUCUGGGGAAUCAGAGACUCCGCCACCUACGCCCACUACUCAGGAACCCAGCUCAACUGGUGGCUUUGAGUUCUUCAGACAUCGCAGCAUUAGUUUAUCCCAGUCAGCAGAGAAUCUUCCUGCUAACAAAUUUAAUCUACAGAAAACACUGAGCAUGCCUUCUGGUCCAUCUGGGAAAAGGUGGAGUAGAGACAGUGACUGUGCUGAGAACAUGUACAUUGAUAUGAUGCUCUGGCGUCAUGCUCGACGCUUGCUGGAGGAAAUCAGGCUUAAAGACCUUGGAUGCUUUGCUGCGCAACUAGGCUUUGAGCUGAUUGGCUGGCUGUGUAAGGAGCGAGCCCGAGCUGCCCGUGUGGAGGAUUUUGUGAUUGCCUUGAAGAGACUACACAAGGAUUUUCUCUGGCCAUUUCCAGUCAUACCAGCUUUCUCUGUUAAUUCACCUUUCAAGAAUGGAAAGUACAAGACAGCUGUUGGAGAGCAGCUGCUCAAGUCCCAGUCUGCAGACAGCUUUUUAAAUGUGGAAAUGGACAUGGGGGUCUCAAGUGCACCUCAGAGUCACAGCUGGCUUAGCACUAUCAAUUCCUCCCAGAGAGAAAUGGACACAGUUUCAUCCCAUGGACCUCACAUGCAAGAUGCAUUCCUCUCUCCUUUAUUAAAUAAAGGUGAUGAAUGCAGCAUUGGUUCAGCAACAGACCUGACAGAAACAAGUUCUAUUGUGGAUGGGGACUGGACCAUGGUGGAUGAAAACAUCUCCACUCUAAGUUUAACACAGUCAGAGCUGGAACAUAUCUCUCUGGAAUUGGCUAGUAAAGGGCCACACAAGUCACAGGUCCAACUACGGUAUUUGCUACACAUCUUCAUGGAAGCAGGAUGUCUGGACUGGUGCAUUAUCAUUGGCCUUAUUCUCAGAGAAUCUUCAAUAAUCAACCAGGUUUUUAUCAUCAUGCAGUCCUCAGAUGCUGAUGGAGAGCUAUGGCACAAUAUCAGGACUGGGCUACAUGCUGUAGACAGAUGGGCUUCCACAGAUUGCCCUGGAUACAAGCCAUUUUUAAAUGUCAUCAAGCCACAGCUCCAGAAAUUAAGUGAGAUAUCAGAAGAGCAAGUGCAGCCUGAAGCUUUUCAACCAGUGAACCCUUGUAAGGUUACUGAACAAGCCAGCCCAAGGGCAGAGGAAAGCCGGAGUUUGACCUGCCAUAGCACUAGCCCUCAGAGUGAUAGUGGAAGUAGCAGUGUGAGUCGACAUGAAGAGGACAUGUCUGGGGCAGAAGAGGAGGAUCCUCUCCAGGAAGGCAGUUAUGACUGCACUGUAUCUUAACAUGAUUUUAGUUAGUAAUGAUAGCACAGCUGGCAGAUAAGUACACAAAUUAUCAGGAUUGUAAGGAAGCAAACCAGCUUUCAGACGUGCUUCCCUGGGUUGGAUUUUAAUGUUUGAUUUCUACAAGCAUUAAAUAGAGAAUGUCGAAUCCAUGGAUGAAUAUAAGGUGACCUCAAAUAAGCAGCUCAACCUUUCACACAGUUGUUUUAAAACAUCUACAGUUGAAACCAAGAGAAAUAGUUAUGUGAAAAGAUUUGGUUUUAUUAUGAAUAAGAUUUGUUCUUCCUCUGUCCUUCUCUAAAUUGAGCUUGUUCUUUGGUACUGGAUAUUGAUUGCAGAAGGACAGCAAUAGGCAUCAAUGCAGUUUUUUAUUUUAACAUCCAUUUCAUGGGUCCCUUUGCCAUGUGUUACCUAAUUUGAACAACCUUCUGAAUAUCUCCUAUAUAAUGAGAGAAAGCAAGAGAUGACUACACCAUUUUAUAAUCAUCCCCACCUUGCCUGUUUUUCCUGUAAGACUUAAAAAUAUGAAUUGUAAGAUUAGUUAGAAAGUUAUGGCCUGAGUCAACUGGGAUCUAAGUGUUUAAUUUAGAUUAUGCUAUUUGAUAUCACUAAAUAUUUUUUAAGAAUUGUAAAGUGUAUGUUUUUGUGAAUAUUCUUGUAUAAAUAUUCUCAAGGGUGUGCUGUUCAUGCUCUUGGGGUUGUACCAUAUUUGCAGGUACCUGUGUAUUUUGCAUGGUUACAACUAACUGGUAAAAUUAAAGCAGAGUUGCACUUCCUUCUGGAUGUGGCAUACUUUUACUCUGCCCUAUCAUUAGAGUAACAUUUUAAAAGUGGCUUAAUUUUUACACUUGGCCACUCUGACCUACAAUUAAUUUUAAGAUUACUGAACUUUUAUUUAUUUCAUGUGUAAAUUCCUUUCACAAGAAUGGAUUUUUUAUGUAAAUAGUCACUUGGGUACUGUUACUAAAUUUUAGUAAUAUGUAAAGCAGUGCAUACUUACUUUUUUGGACAUUUUAUAAUGUGUAUACCUGUAAUUAAAUAUAAGAUUUUAUUUUAACUUUCAGACACUGUUCUGAAAAGCUGGCUGCGGAAGUCUCAUGGCUGCUUUGAGGUGCUUAUUUUCCUAGCUGCUGUCCUCCAAUAUAUGUAAUACCUGUAACAGUAUUAAAAUUUAGAUAUUAGCUUGUUUGUACCGUGCAAUCUGAACAAAAUAAUGCAACAUUGCUUAUUUUAUACAAAAUCCCCCUAGCUUAUUUUUAUAUUAUCAUUGUAUUGAUUUUUUUACAAUGUGGUAGUUACAGGAUAGUCUCCCACUGCUGUUACUCUUAUUCAAAUUCUGAAAAUAAAACCUGACCUGUCUUAAGUGU